CUGAGCUGAUGCCUGAUCAAAAAAUACUGUAGACUUGUACGGUUUUAAAUAGACCGGUCGUCGAUUAAUUAAUAUAUAUAUAUGUAGAAAUUAUGUAAGUGUUUAUGUGGUCUCUAAGACCUCCAUGGAUCCGGUGUGACAGAGAUGGACCGGCUCCAGUGUGAGGUGAUCCGUGUUGUUUGAUUCGGCCCUAGUUGUCAAACGAGCCUCCAUUAAAAAAACAUGAACGAAGUGGAUUUUCUUCAUCGGAACAAGACUCAGAAUCUGCUUUUAGAGAAGAGAGUGAAGAUGAAAGUUCUCGGUGUCCAUCAGCAGAAGGAUGCUGUUCCAAACCAAACAUCUGAUGACCGCCAGCUGCUGGAGGUUAAAGAAGAAGAAGAGGUUCCACAUCUGUGGAGUUCCAGUCUGGACCAACAGGACCCAGAGCUCCUCAUCAUUAAGAAGGAAGAAGAGGAACUGUGGAGUAGUGACGAAGGAGAGGAGUGUCCUGCGAAGACACACGAUGAAGAGAGAUCCCAGUUAUUCCAGUUCCAUCAGAUCAAAACUGAAGUCGACAGAGAGACAGAACCUCCGACCAGCAGCUCAGCUGAACAGAUAAAAACAGAAACUGAUGGAGAGGACUGUGGAGGACCAGCAGGACCCCAAGCUGAAUGGAAGUCAGCAUUACCUGCAGAUGUUCUGCAGGUGGUGAUUAAAGAAGAGGUUCCUUUUGAGUGGAGUUCCAGUCUGGAUCAGCAGGACCCAGAACCUUUCCACAUAAAUAAGGACGAGGACAACCUGUGGAGCUGUCAGGAUGAAGAGCACCUUCAUGUGCAGGACAUCACCAGGUUCCCGUACAACAAAUACGAUGAAGAUAAAAUGGAGUCCUCACAGUUUUAUCAAAUCAAAACUGAAGACAAUGAAGAGAACGAACCUUCAACCAGCAGAAUAAUAGAAUACAUCAAAACAGAAACUGAUGAGGAGGACUACGUAGAACCAGAACUAGGCAGAAAACCAGAUCUGAGUAUUAACUUGAAACACAUAAUUUAUGAAAAAACUUCAGUUGAAAUCAGUAAUGGGGAAUGGCAGGAACCUAUGUCAGAUUCCGGACCUGAAACUGAAUUUAUUCUAGAUUCUGAGAAAACAGUCCCCACCAGAGCAAAGCCAUUUCACUGUGAUCUUUGUGGGAAAGGUUUCAGGCGUCGAUAUCUGCUCACAAAACAUGCAACGGUUCACACGAGAGAGAAACCGUAUGUUUGUGGGUUUUGCAGUAAAAGAUUUUCACAACAAGGUAAUUUACAGAGACACAUGAGUUUUCACACAGGAGAGAACCCCUUUGGUUGUGAUGUUUGUGGCUAUAGAUUUAACAAAGAAAUGGAUCUUACAAAACACAUGCGGGUCCAUACGACGGAGUAUCCAUGUGAGAUUUGUGGUAAAUGUUUAAAGUAUCCAAGCGACCUUACGAAGCACAUGAAAGUUCAUACGGUAGAAGCAACUUUUCAUUGUGAUGUUUGCGGUAAAAGCUUCAAAUAUAAAUCUAAUCUCCGAAAACACACGAGAGUUCACACGGGAGAGGCACCAUUUCAGUGUGAAGUUUGUGGGAAAAGCUUUAAAUAUAAGUGUGAUCUCAGAAAACAUACAGGAGUUCAUACUGGAGAGACACCAUUUCAGUGUGAUGUUUGUAAGAAAAGGUUUAGGUGUCAGUAUAAUCUUAAAAAGCAUCAAAGUCUCCACACACAAGGACAAACAACCGGGAAGUGAAGAUGUAAAAAAAUAAAAAGUUUAACAGUGAAGACAUGAUGGUUCAAACUGCAGGGAAUCAAAUUCAUGUUUCAACACGCAUGAAGAGUCCAAACAUGGGAGAGACCAUUUAUUUAUCUAGAAAUUCUGAAAACCCACGAGAUAGAUUACACUGAACAGGAACAGGAAGUGAACAUAUAUGGAUACUUAGAAUUGCGUUGUAAAAUGUUUUAACCAGCACUGAUAGAUCACCUUGCAGCGGCAGCUUUAGGCUGUUUGACAGCGCUUCACCUGUAUAGACAACAGCAGAUGUCUUUUAGUCUUAGAAAUCAGAAACAGAAUUAGCUAAAUUUAAUGUUUGGCAUUGUGGGUAACCACAUAUGAAAAAGGCCUGGAGUGGAUUAGGAAAAUAUUGGAUUUGGCACGUUCAGACUGUCAUUACAAAAUCAGAUUUGAGCCGCUUUUCCUUUCAGUGUGAACAUAGCCGAAGAUAUAUCCUGAUGCAUGCUCAUUAAUCCAGGUAGAAAAAUUUAAAAAAGUUAG